ACCGUUGACGUCUUCGGAUUUGUGCGAUUCUUGUUGCGCAGUAAAUUGUGUUCAAAGCGUUCGUUUUGUUUCGCGUGAUUCCGCUGUGCGGACGUGGACUCUCUCACAUAGACACAAACACACACACACAUACAGCAUUCGUGUAUAUGUAGUAGUUUAAAGCAUAACAACAAGAGCAAGCAAACAGAAAUUGGAACAACCAAUAAAAGAAGUGACCAGUUCAACAACAAUAAAGUGUGCAAAAACAACAAUUGCAACUAGUUCAACAAUAGUGGCAACAAAUUGGAAAAUAAUAAUAAUCAACAGUGUUUAAUAUGUCUAAAAUGCGUUACAAAAAUUGUGAAAAUGGUUGACGAAAAUGCCAAGAGCAAAACAACAGAUUGCUCCAGAUUGUAUUUAACAAUCGAAUAAUACAAAAAAUAUAUAAAGAAAAUAUAUACAUAUAUAUUUGAAAGAGUGCAAGUGCAAUCGAGAUCAAUAAGUGUGCAAUAUUGAAAACAAGCAAAGGAAAUACACAAAAAAGUUAAAAUUCAAAUCAACAAUUAUAACAAAGUUAUUCUCUAUCCGUCCACAACAAAACAAACAAACAAACAAAAAUAUAUAAUCGACAACAAACCCAGAACGCUGUUGUAAAUAUUUUCACAUCAAAAAGCAAAAUAUUACAAUAAUCACCAUCUCGAUAUUCCCGACGUCGUCCAUUGUACAUACAUAUAUAUACAAUAAAAGAAAAACAGAAACAGAAAAAAAGAAAUCAAAACAAAACAAGAUAUAUAUAUACUAUAUUGAAAACAAGGAUUAUAAAAAAUAUCGAAAUAUAUAUAUAUAUAUACUAUAUACCCACUCGUACUACUCCCCGUUCAUUACUUUAUGCAUAUAUAUUUAUGUCUUCCUCCCAUUCUUUUUGAUUCUCGUAUAAAACGCAUUUGAAAGGAUUACAAAACGUAGCUCGAACAAACUGUACAAGGAUUAUUAAAAAAGCAACAAGAUAAAAUUUCUAAAGAAACUACAAAAUACAAAAAUCCGUAAACAACAACAACAACAAUCAUCUUAAACAAUCUGUUUGUUUGUUAACAAGAUGUUCAACAGCUGAAUGCUGCAAUUUCGUAAAUCUUCAACUGGUACAUCUUUAACUUUAUACACACCAAACAGCAGCACAAACAAUUCCUGUCCAACGCCCGGGUCAACUGACAAUGAAGUUGUGCAGCAUGAACGGGCCAAGUGAAUCAGAAGUCGAAAGCCUACUGAUGAGCCCCUGCUGGGGACCCACGCAGACCAGCAGUCAGGAUCAGUAUCUGCUCGAUGGCCACAAGUUGCUGCUGGAACACGAUCUGGACUCGCUGCCCAGCGACACGGAUCAAAAGAACUCGCUCGAUGUGCUCGACAAUCUGCUGUUGAACAGCUCGUCACUGAAUGCGUUGUCCGAUUUGAAACCUUUGCCUCCAUUCACCGGAUACACGGGUCAUUUGUCGAUCAAUGGGAUAUCGGGUCAUCAUUAUCAUGCGAUUGCCCAGCGGCUGCCGGAUGAGAGCAACAACAAUUACAUACAGAGCGCCUACCAUCAGCAUCAUCAUCAGCAGCAGCAGCAGCAACAACAACAGCAGCAGCAGCAACAUCAUCCGCAUCAGCAACACCAGCAAUCGAACAACAGCAAUCCCACGUCCACAACGGCGGCCACAACCUGCAGCGGGACAGGCGGCAAUGGAGGUGGCGGUGGCGGAGGGGGAGGAGGAGGAGGCGGUGGCGGUGGUGGCUCCUCGCAGGAGCACAACAUUGUGUCGUCAUCCACCUGCCUGCCCGAGAGCGUGCUCAGCGCCGAUGCGGAUGCCUGCCUCAGCGAUGUGAAGCUCUUCGCCGAUAGUCAGUUAGAUUCAAAGCUUUACUCCGUAGCGGAUAGCUGUGUUAUGAACGCACCCGUCAACAGCAACAACAACAACAAUAACAACUCGCUGGCCAGCAGCGGAUCGACACUGACGCCCAUCGAUCAUGUGGCAGAUUCGUUGCAUGGCAGCGGAGUGCGCAUCUUCAAGGAUCUAACCGAGUACGUGGACAUGAACAGCAUCGAUGACAUUGCGGCGAUCAUUGGCUCGGCGAUAGCCGACACCACAGUCUCCAAUCAGCUGGACAAGGAUGAGGGCAACGAUACGCGUGACAGUUGGAUGGAUCUGGAUGCCUGGAUCGAUGGCAAUUGCAUACAGCCGGAGGGCAAAGUGCUCGUCUCGCAGCAGGAUACGCUGAGCGAUUUCAUGCUGCCGCAUUCGCCGCUGCCGGUGCACGCGAGCAGCUCCACGUUGCAGAGCCUGCUCAGCCAUGGCUACAUGCCGCUGCUGCAGAAUCGUCUGCAGCAUGGACCGCCUGGCGCGGGUUCGGUGAGUGGCAAUGGAUCGUCGUCGACGACGACGGCAACGCUGAAGAGCGAGACGCCAAGUUCUACCUCAUAUUGCAACGAGUUGUCGGCGGCCAGCAGCAGUUGCAGUCCGCCUGGUUCGGUGGUCAGUACGACGGACAACAAUCUGAUGAUCAAUCCGCGCUAUCUGACCAACAACAACAACAGCAAUCAGAGCCAGCAGCAGCAGCAGCAACAGCAGCAGCAACAACAGCAACAGCAGCAACAGGCAACAUAUCAGCUGACGCCGAAUGGCGGACUGUCGGGCACCGGACUUAAGGACAACGGACUCUGCAGUCCGGAUAUGCUGAGCAGUUAUCCGCACACCACAAGCACAACAACAGCGCCGACGGGAACGCCGAAAGCGAAACGUUCGCGGGCGCAGAAAAAGUCGAGUCAACAGCAGCAACAACAACAGCAGCAGCAACAACAAUCGGGGCAAGGUGAUGUGCCACAGAUGAGCGCCAUGUCGCCGUCGGGCGUGGCCAGUUUCAGUGCCAGCGAUCUGAGCGGACUGCUGGGCAAGGAGAAGCCGGUGCAUCGAUGCAGCAUCUGCAAUCGGGGCUUCCUCAACAAGUCAAACAUCAAGGUGCAUCUGCGCACGCACACCGGCGAGAAGCCCUUCCGCUGUGAUGUGUGUGCGAAGGCGUUUCGCCAGAAGGCGCACUUGCUGAAACAUCAACAGAUGCAUAAGAGAAUUGGGCGUGACUGACCACAGCGGCCACAUGCACAUUCCGCUCGCCAAUAGCAAAUCAAGCAGCAAAUAUACGUUUAUGUUUUCAGCCACGCAGAAUCCAAAAAAAAAAAAGAAGAGAGAAACUUUACUUAAAACAAAAAUCGCCCACAAUGCAUUGGAUGGCCAGCAAAGCAUAAAAGUCACAGUUGUAGAUGCUGCAGUGCAUCAUCUGCAACUGCAACUGGACUCACUUUGCUGGACAACAUUUGCUGCCCUGGGCUAUGCUAGAGAAAGUGCCCGCCAAUGUCACUCGGUCACCAAAAACACACACAAAACUGAAAACCAUGUCCGGGUCUUUGGGAGCGGCAGCUUCUCGUGUAUCGCAUUGCUUGACCAAUGCCAGACUGCAGAGAUAUAGAGUAUAUAUCUGCAGUCUGAGUUUGCCAUCGCCUGAAAGGUGAAGCAAUGUCAUACACACAGCAUUUUGAUAUAUUCGUUGUUGUUGGUUGCUUUUGAUCUCUUUGAAUAGUCAAUAUACGGGAAAAAGGGUUUUUUUGGGGGGUUAAAAAGAUGGGCAUUAUAAGUAAAGAAGUAGUUCUAAAAAAGUUACACUUUAUUGUGGGGUCAAAUACCUUUUUGUAUUGUUUGCAUUAUGGAAUAUCAACCUACUACCUCCACAGUUCCAUUAAGUUUUCAGCAAUAGAAGAAAUAGGUCAGAAAGUAAUAUAAACAUCAUCUUUAAAUUCUAGCUAUAAAAUGAGACAACACUUUAGUGAGACAACUAAUAUAUAGAUAUUUUUGUAGUUUGGCAACUUGUAAACCUGCACAAACCUAUUAAUUACACCCCAGUUACAAUGUCUAGAGCCAGCCAGAGUUGAUUGCUGUCAAAGAGACCACAAGCAAUGUAAGAACAACGAAGCGUCCAAUUGUCUUUUUGCAACUGUUGUUCUGUUUUGAUGCAAAACUGCGCGCUUCGUGCACCUUAAAGAGACGACACACCUGGCACAGGUAUAAACACACACACACCUAGAUGAUAUAUGAUAUAUAUAUAUAAAAAUACUUACACACAUAAGUACAUAAGUACUAGAUAAUAGUUAAUGUCUAGCUAAAUGUUUUGUCAAGUAAGAAUUUUGUAUAAAUUAUGUACCUCAUUGUGUUGAAAAACUUUAAACAUAAACAAGACAAAAAAUAAUAAUGAAAAAACACGCACACAUCAUAGAAGCAAUACAAUUCUAAAUUAAUAUGAUUAAAUAAAUGUACAAACGAGUAAGAAGAGUAAACAUUAAUUUUAAAAGCAUAUAUCUUUUUAUAUGUAUUUAAUUUAAGUUGUAGCGGGCUUGGCAAAAUAAUAAUAAUUGUUAAACAUUUAGCAUAAACAAGAAUUAAAACACACACACACACAUACA